AUGCUUACAACAUAUUAUACGAUCUAUAAAACUCAUUUGUAACACUCGCAACCAGCGGUGAACUUGCCUUUUCAUUUCUGGCUCGCUCUUAGUGUCCCGCUUGCCGAUGUGUGAGCGUGGGAAUGGUAGUCCAGGCUGAAACAUAGACCUUGAGGUCAGCAGAUGGGCUGCGCGGCGAGUACCAACAGCAAGGCGCAGGUUGAACCCGAGAGGCAGCCACAAAAUGAAAGCGGGAGUCCCUUGGAGAAGAGCAAGGACAAGCAGGUCCUCACGAAUGGCAAGCUUGAAGAAGCAGGAAGCAAAGCCAACUCGGGGACCAGCAGGCCGCCCCCAAAAAACGGCUCUGCAUCCGGGCAGUCAGCGGAGCUGACACAUGUGCAGUCAUUUGACCUACGCACUGUCCACUCCAUAGUCGAGCGGCGGAAACCUGAGGGCAGCCGAGCACUUCCAGCUGUGGACGGCGGCAUGGGCGCAACGGUUUCGCCGAUUGUUCGGGGCGCCGCGUUGCUGCCGGUGGAGGGUCGGCGAGCGUCCCAGAGCCCGGCGGUGCGGAAACGCGGCUCCGCCGACGGCUCGGGAACCAACCGCAUCUUUAGCCCCUCCAAACACGGCUCGGCGGACGGCGCCGCCAGCAGCCCGCUGCCAGGGUCACCCAUGCUGGGGUCGAGGCCGCUAGCCGGCAACGCCAGCCGAGCGGCGGGGCAGCUGGCUCCGUUGCAGGGGGGUCCGGGGCAGCCCAUCUACCGCAUGAGCGGCGCCGCGACAGGCGCUCUCAGCGGGGGCGCGGGCAGCAAUGUAUCCAGCAUCCUCAAGUCAAACUCCAAAGAAGCGGGCAGCCGCAGCGUCAAGGCGCCGGGCAUGCGCAGCAUCGCGUUCAAAGACGCGGCGAAGACCACGUUUGUGUUUGACCGCGGGGAGGAUGACGACUUGCUUGAUGACGACUAUUACUCGGACGACGAGGGCGGGAAGAGCUUUGUCGUCGGCAACGUCAACAGCCGGUUGCGAUUGCACAGCCUGGUGCCCACGGGGCGGCUGGACAGCAUGGCGGACGGCGGGCUUGACCUGGCGGCGGGGCUGAGCUCGCGGGCAGGCAGUGUGGCGCUGCUGGCGAAAAAGCCGCUGCUGGUGCCGGCGAGGAACUUCCGCAGCGCGGACAGCACCACCAGUCAGGUGACGGUGUCCAAUGGGCUGCCGCCGGUCAAGCCCACGGGGCACCGGUCCAUCGGCAGCCGCUCCAUUGGCGGCAACCGGUCCAUGGGCGGCGUGCGCUCGGAGGUUAGCUUCGCGGUGUCGAUGCGAGACGUGGCAACACCGGCACUCAAAAACCGCAGCGGGCCAUCCGUGUCGAUAGCGCGGGGCGAGUCGGCUGCCAGCUCCUUCGGCGGCAGCUUCGACUCGGCGGCGACGGGCGACCGGCACCACCUCAGUCGGGGCGGCACGGACGUGGACCCAGACGACCCAGCCAACGGCGGCUCGGGGGCAGACCGCGACGACGACCCGGGGAGAUACAGCCGGAAAAUCAAGCGGGGCGGCAAGGAGUGGGACGCCAAGGGCGCGCGGUGGCGGCGGGCGAGUGUGUUCCAGUCGUCUGCACACUGCGCCAUCAGCCUGGGCUUCCUGCGCAAGCUGCUCACGGAGCACGUGGUGCCGCUGGCGCACAAGCUCAAGCUGCCGCUAGGCCAGGUCACUACGUCCAUGGUGAACGAGAUGGUGGUGAAGGAGCUGACCAAGGAGGACCAGUGUCGCCUGGUGGACGUGCCCGGCCUGGUGCCAGUGGGCGACGUGGGCGAGCCCGACUACUUCAUCUCGCACGCCUGGGGCAACCCCUUCGCGCACCUGGUGCAGUGCGUGUGCGACCACCUGUCCGGCGCCCUGGACUCCACAAAGGUGUGGAUCGACAUCGCGGCCGUGAACCAGCACCCCACGGAGCAGCAGCAGGACGACCUGGCGAACCUGCGGAACGCCAUCUACAAGUCCAAGGCCACGCUGAUGUGCCUGGACGUGACGGGCGCGCCGCUGAAGCGUGUGUGGUGCCUGUACGAGUGCGACAACACCAUCACCAUCCACGGACCCGACCGCCUGGUGCUGCUCACGCCCAACUUCAGCGUCAAGGACAUGGCCUCGGUGUUCAAGUCCAUCAACGUGACAGAGGCGGGCGCCUACAAGCAGUCGGACAAGGACAAGAUCCUGGAGGACAUUGUGGCGCACCACGGCUCCGCCACCGCCUUCGACAACAAGCUCAAGCUGCUGUUCUUGCUGGAGCCGCUGGACACGCAGGCGGAGCUGGAGUCGCUGCUGGAGGGCACGGGCGGCGCCACGGAGUACGACUUCUCGCCCAUCCAGCUGUGGAUCACGUCGCCGCGCGCGCCGCAGGUGUGCGUGCUCAGCGGCCCGGCGGGAAGCGGCAAGUCCACCAUCUCGGCGGCGCUGUGCUGGGAUGAGGAGGCGCAGCAGCGGAGACAAAAGGCCAUCGCCAAGGGCAACUCGGACACGGCGAAGGCGAUAGCAGAGGCCGACGCCGCGGCGGCAGCCGUCGCCGCGCCGCACGGCGUCAAGGUGCCGCGCCUGCCCGGCGCCAGCGCCUCGCCAGAAAACACGGGCAGCGGCGAGCGGAGAACGUCUCCAAAGACUAGCGGCAGCGGCGCGCAGCCGCCGUCGCCGGGUGGGGGGGCGGGUGGCGGCGGCGGCAAGCCGCCGCCCUUCCUGCCCAUGCCGUCGCUCACGCGGCAACUGAGCGGCCUUGCCAGUGGGCAUAAGCCGCUGGUGCACGCCUACCACUUCUGCAAGUACAGCGACGUGCGGCGGCAGAGCCCCAUCCGCAUCGUCAAGACGCUGGCGUACCAGCUGGCGCAGCGCAUGCCGCUGCUGCGGAACUACUACGCCAGCCUAGACCUGGGGCAGGUGCAGCAGCUGCACCAGGCCUCCACCGCCUUCCGGCUGCUGCUGCUCAAGCCGCUCACCACGCUGAUGCCGCGCGACGAGCAGGUGGUGCUGCUCAUAGACGCCAUGGACGAGGCCGACUCGCAGUCGCAGCUGCCGCUCGACAACCCGGUGCUGCAACUCAUGCUGCACCAGCUGUCCUCGCUGCCGCGCAACGUGCGCAUCGUGACCAGCACGCGCUCCGCGCCGCACCUGAUGGGGCCGCUGCGGCGCAAGUUCCAGGGCGCGCUGGAGCUGACGCCGGCCAUGGUGCGCAAGCGCGAGAGCACGCUGGCGCAGCUGGAGCGGCGCGUGUGCAGCCGCUUCGGCGCCAACGUGGCCGGCGCGGUGAUGUCGCACAGCGGCGGCGAGAACAACCUGGUGUACUUCUCCGCGGUGAUGCUGCUGGAGCCGCCCAUGGCGGAGGUGCCCGCCUCGCUGCCGGCCUGCUACAACAUGAUCUUCUCCGCGCAGUGGCCCAAGCUGUCCAAGCAGGAGCAGCAGGAGAGCAUCAAGGCGCUGCAGGUGCUGAUGGCGGCGCGCGAGCCGCUGCAGCUGUCGCUGCUUGCGGGCCUGGGGCUGGACCAGGUGUUGGCCAAGCUGCCGGGCUGGGGCGCGCUCAUGUACGAGCGGGAGUACAAGGUCUACACGCUGCACAAGUCGCUGCACGACUGGCUGAUGGACAAGGAGGCCUCGGGGCCCUACUACGCUGACGCGCGGGUGGGGCACGCCACGCUGGGCCGGUACCUGUUCCACGCGGCGCACCCGCGGCCGGCCUACGGCGCCAAGUACCUUGUGACGCACCUGCUGGCGGCGGGCGCCAAGCUCAAGGAGCUGCUGGACCAGGCCAUCACGGACAUGGACCACCUGGAGGCGUGCUGCCGUGUGGGGCACGUGUUCCGCCUGCACGCGGAGCUGGCGGCGGCGGAGCCCAAGAGCCGCGCCGUGGCGGACGUGGUGCGCUGGCUGGGGCUGAACAGCCACGUGCUGUGGGCGCACCCGGCGGCGGUGGUGCAGCUGGCCAACGAGGCGCCCAACACCUCGGCCUUCAUGGUGGCCCUGCGCCGGCCGCGCCGCAGCAGCACCAUCACCACAGAGCUCAUGGCGGCGGCGGCGGGCGCCGUCGGCGGCGGCAUGCUGCAGCCCAACACGCAGACGCCCGUGACGCUGCUGAACAAGCGGCGCUCCUGGCCCGCGCAGCUUUCCAUCCUGGCACAGCACCACCGCGCCGUCAACGGCGUGUGCUUCAACCCGGCGGGCACGCUGCUGGGCUCGGGCAGCGAGGACAAGAGCGUGCGGCUGUGGGACCCGCUCACCGGCGAGCAGAAGGCGGUGCUGUUUGGGCACACGGGGCAGGUGCUCAGUGUGGCCUUCAGCCCCAACGGCGCGCUGCUGGCCUCCGCGUCCGUGGACAGCACGGUGCGGCUGUGGGACGCGGCCACGGGCGAGGAGAAGGGCGAGCUGUUUGGGCACGUCGACUGGGUGCGCGACGUGGCGUUCGGGCCGCCGGCGACGCCGGGCGGGCCGGCGGUGCUGCUGGCGUCGUGCGGCGAUGACACCACCGUGAAGCUGUGGGACGUGGGCAGCGCCAUGCCGGCGCUCAAGUUCUCCUGCGGCGGCCACACGGACAUCGUGCACAGCGUGGUGUUCUCGCGCGAGGGCACGCUGCUGGCGUCGGGCUCAGCGGACAUGUCCAUCCGGCUGUGGGACAGCACCACGGGCCGCCAGUCGGGCAAGGCGCUCGUGGCGCACAAGUUCGCGGUCACCAGCGUCGCCUUCUCGCCCGACGGCAAGACGCUGGCGUCCGCCUCGCACGACAAGAUGAUCUUCCUGUGGGACCUGGAGUCCUGCCGCGAGUCGGGCCAGCCGGUGGCCGAGCUCACAGGCCACAUGGACAAGGUCCUGUCCACGCAGUUCUCGCCCGACGGGGCGCUGCUUGUGUCCGCCUCCGGCGACGGCUCGCUGCGGCUGUGGGACGUGGCGUCGCGCAAGGUGCACGGCGUGCUGCUGGGGCACGCCAGCGGCGUGGUGGCGGCGUCCUUCAGCCGCGACGGCGCGCUGGUCGCCUCCGCCGCCAGCGACAACACCGUCCGGCUGUGGGACCCCAAGAUCGCCUGCGAGGGCAAGUCCGUGGAGGAGGCCAGCCUCAGCCACAUGGACUGCGUCACCUGCGUGGCCUUUUCGCCGUCCGGCCACACCGUGGCCUCGGCCGGGCAGGACUGGACGGUGCGGCUGUGGGACCCCACCGACGGCAACCACCGCGCGCUGCUGCAGGGCCACACGGACGUGGUGCGCUGCGUGGCCUUCUCGCCCACCGGCCACCUGCUCGCCUCCGCCUCCUCCGACUGGACCGUGCGGCUGUGGGACCCGGUCACCGGCGCCGAGAAGGGGCUGCUGCAGGCGCACCAGGACCGCGUGCUGGCCGUCACCUUCGCACCCAACAGCCGCUUCCUGGCCUCCGCCUGCCACAGCGGCACCAUCGUCAUCUGGGACGCCAUCGGCCUGGACCCCAAGCACACGCUGCGCGGCCACGCCGCGCCCGUGCACUCGCUGGCCUUCUCGCCCAACAGCAGGAGCCUGGCCAGCGGCUCCGCCGACAAGACGGUGCGCGUGUGGCACUCCACGCUAGGGGAGCAGCAGGUGCUGAUCAAGGGGCACACGGGCGGCGUGACCACGGUGGAGUACGACCCCACCGGCAAGCUGCUGGCCAGCUCCAGCCUGGACGAGAAGAGCGUGCGCGUGUGGGACCCCGCCAGCGGCACGCUGCUGUGCAUCAUCAGCAAUGCGGGGCUGUGCGCCGCGGGCGCCUUCAGCAUGUACAGUCUGGCGCGGCACGCGCCGUGCGUGCGCGCCAUCGCGCUGCAGCCGCGCCCCGCCGGCGCCAACACCAGCAUGAGCGGCGCGGCGGCCGGGUUCGUUGGCACUGCCGGCGCCGGCGGCGCCAUCAGCAGCAGCGGCGGCGGCGUGGUGGGCGUGGGCGAGAAGGCCAGCCUCAGCGGCGGGCUGGGGUCUGCGGCGUUCACGUUCGGCAGGCAGCCCUCCUUCACGCCGCACAACAUGCUGCAGCCGUCCAUGACCAUGCGCCUGGAGCGCAACAGCCCCAACGGCCUGAUCAUCGGCCCCGGCGGCUCCUCGACCGAGUACAACUACAACUUCGUAAUCAACAACAUGGGCAUGCCGUCGCUGGGCGGCAGCGGCGGCGGCGCGCCGCCCAGCCCCGGCGGCACGCCGCCGGUGCUGCAGACGGCGAUGAGCAUGCGCAGCAGCCUGAGCAGCAUGGACGAGAUCCCGCGCCUGAUGGAGCUGGUGAACGAGUCCGACAACCCCAUCGUGCCCAUCUACACGCAGUUUGUGAGCCCGCGCUGCGUGGCGGUGAGCGGCAACAAGGUGGUCAUGAGCGACGGGCCGCACAUCUACUUCUUCGAGUCCAAUGAGGGCAAGAUCGUGGGCUGGCGUAGCCGCAUCCAGAGCGCGGCGUCUUGAGUGAGGUGGAAGUGGCUAAGUGCAGCCUGUCGUGCAGUCACACACAUGCACACGCGGUUGGAAUUCGCCAGUCGGACGUUGCUUGGGGAGUUGGAUGGGAGAAGCAGGGAGGCCGUCGACGUUGUCGCAGGUAUUGCUGCAGCAGCUUGGGGCGGCGGCGGCUGGUGUUGAACGCGCAUGUUGGUUGCAAUGCCAUGGCGAGUUGCUGUGCAUGUGGGCAAAGAGCAAAUGGGCAAGGAAACGGGGCAUGGGUGGUGGGUACGUAUGUCCAGCAAUGUAUGAUAGGGCUGGCGAGCACAUGGAUGGCGGGCACACAAAAUAAAGUGGCGGCGUGGGCCUGCCGGCCAGGCGGUGCAUUGCAUGCGGUGCGGCCGCGUACCCACUGGCCGAAAAUACAAACCGUUUUGCGUGACUCUUGACGCUAUCAGGCAUUCACGGGUUCCUCCCUUGGCCCGUGACACGACGUUUGACAGACAGCAAGUAGGUAGACGGGUUGCAAUGUGCGUGGCAGUAGUAGGAUGUGACUACACAUGCAUGCGCUACGGUGUAAUGGUUGCUAGGGUCUGGAUAUGCAGAGGUGUGAUGAGUGAAGCAUAAUGCACGAGGUUGUGCGCGUGUAUGUGGACGCGAGAGGCUCUGUGGGUUGGGUGCAUGGACUCCCUGUGGCACAUGGUGCCCCAGCGUAUGGCGCAUCGGGUGCCGGGGGCGGCCUCUGUCCAUGGCGGAGCCUGGGUGAAAAGCGGCCGCUUGACGCGUUACCAACGAUGGUAGCAGAAGCGUAUAGAGAGUCGUCUAGUGGCUGCACUGAACAGGCAAUAGGUCACGGAAGAACUGAGUUUGUACAGAAUUCGUCAGACAGUGUGGCUGUGUGAGUCGCUUCUUUUUACUUCGACAUUUGUGAUGGGCGUCUAAGCGCAGAUGUGGGUGCAGGGGUCUUGGGGCGCAGCAGCUGAAAGUGUCCGGAAUCACUGGAACACGUGAGUUACGAUGGCCAUGUAUGGAGCACGGAAGCGUUGGUGUGAUGGUUGGAUAAUGGGACGAGGCGGAAAGCUGGCGGUGGCUGGGUGUUUCCAAGCCUGGAUGGUGUCCCAUGUUCAUUUCGUUGUGCGGUUACCGCUGACCCGGUGGCCCCGGGGUGGCAAGGCAUGCACUUGAUUUCCUGCUGCCCGGCCCGCCUCCAACCGUUGGAAAUGAAUCAACAAACGUGCCGCAAUCGGAAGCGCUGUCGACCAUUGCGGUGCCCCCAAUGAGUAGGCACUCGCAUGUGCACAUGCACGGAGCCGCUGAGACAGUGCGGUCCGCCUGCACGUGGCCGCGGGUGCCUGCAGUGCCAACCGACACCGGUGUAAUCGACUGGUUGU